AUGCGGGGAGACCCGCACGUACGGUUUUUAGGGGGAUCUGGUCGAAAGACCGGCCGGCGCCCACCAACUCUGGUUAGGUCUGGACUCGAGGUACCAAUUCUGGAGCACCCCAGGAAGGGUUUUGGCUUUCUGGAUUUAUGGUCUGUUUUUGGGUCGCUGAAAUAUUGGUUUCAGACUCGGACACUGGUUAGGUCUGGACUCUUCUGCGAGAUACCAAUUCUGGAGCACCCCCUUUUUUUAGUGAAAGGGUUAAACAUAAAUGGAAUUAAACUUGGAUUGCAGUAA